AAAGGACUAUUGGAGGAAUAUGGACGUCGUCGUCGUCGUCUCGAUCUUCGCAGGUGGAGUGGACGCUGCGGUCUUCAAGAUGCGGCAGAGGCAAGUGAACAGACAGUGGAUCGUCGGACGCGCGAUCUUGUGUCGCGCUUGCCACAUAUGGACCGACUCAAUUACUCGAUUACUCUCUGCUCUUCUCCGGCCUGUGACCAGCUGACCAGAGAGACAGCAAGAUCGCAGCGCUCAUGGCGGCGCCAGCCAUCAUUCCUACGACGCCCACGCACGUCGUCCUCCUGCCGGACCCCAGCUCCGGUCACCUCAUGCCCCUCAUCCAGGCCGGCAUCCGUAUCCUCCGCCACGCCGAAGCAAACGCCACCGUCACCGUCCUCCUCGUCCGCCCUACCACGCCGGACUCCGCCGCCAAGGUUGCCGCCCAGGUCCAGCGCAUCGCCGCCUCCGGCUCAGGCGCCGCCAUUCGCUUCCACCAUCUCCCGGCCAUCGAGCCCCCAGCGCCCUUCCCGCCAGGCCAGGUCCCAGCCUUCAAGUCCCGCUACAUGCAGCUCUACGCGCCCCACGUCAAGGCCGCCAUCGCCGCGCUCCGCCCCGCACCCUCCGCGCUCCUCCUCGACUUCUUCGCCACCGCCGCGCUCGACGACUUCGACGUCCCGGCGUACGUCUACUUCACUUCCACCGCCACCAUGCUCGCGCUCAUGCUGCGCCUCCCGGCGCUGCAGGAGGAGCUCCCCUUCGACUUCGCCGACAUGGACGGGACGGUGGACAUCCCCGGCAUGUCACCAGUCCCGGCGGCGUGCAUGCCCGAGAUCCUGGCCCGCAAGAAUAGCCUCAACUACAGCUGGUUCGUGUCCCACGGCCGCCGCUUCAUGGAAGCCGACGGCAUCGUCGCCAACACCGUGUCCGAGCUCGAGCCGGGGAUCCUUGGCGCCAUCGCAGCCGGCCGGUGCGUGCCGGGGCACGCGGCCCCGCCGGUGUAUCCCAUCGGCCCGGUGAUCGACCUGGACGGCAGAUUGACGUCGGAACACAGGUGCGUGGCGUGGCUUGACGCGCAGCCGGCGGGGUCGGUGGUGUACCUGUGCUUCGGGAGCGUGGGCUGGUUUGAGGCGGCGCAGGCGCGGGAGCUCGCGGCAGGGCUGGAGCGCAGCGGGCACCGGUUCCUGUGGGUUCUGCGGGGCCCUCCAGCGGCGGGGUCGGGAUCGCACCACCCGACGGACGGCGACGCGGCGACGUUGCUCCCGGAGGGGUUCCUGGAGAGGACGGAGGCGCGGGGUCUGGUGUGGCCGGCGUGGGCGCCACAGCAGGAGAUCCUGGCGCACGCGGCGAUGGGCGCGUUCGUGACGCACGGCGGGUGGAACUCGUGCCUGGAGAGCCUCUGGUCCGGGGUGCCCAUGGUACCGUGGCCGCUGUACGCGGAGCAGCACCUGAACGCGUUCCAGAUGGUGGCGGAGAUGGGCGUUGCGGUGCCGCUCGAGGGCGCCGGUGGGAAGGAACGGAUGCUAGUGGAGGCGGCUGCGGUGGAGCGGGCGGUGAGGAGCGUGAUGGGGGAGACACAGGAUGGGAGGAGGGCGCGCGAGAAUGCCAUGCGGAUGAAGCUGCUGUGCCGCAAGGCCGUGGACGCAGGCGGCUCUUCUCACGCCGCGCUGCAGCGCCUCUGCGACGACAUCCGCCGCCGCACCGGCACUACCGCUGCUGUCUAGCCUCGUUUGGUAGAGAAAUGUGUUGGUCAUGGCCAUGUAUGAGUGAACACCGCUGUUGCUUGGGAUUAAAACAAUAAAUGGAGAA